GUUACAGCUUUAUCAAAAUGGUCUCGGAAUUCUUUGCACCUAAGUGUAUCAUCCCUGAAAAAUCAGAAGUCCAGAGAAAUCUAUUCUCUUAUUCUCCAGAAAUAGUGAGACUUAAGAACGUAAUAUAUGAAGCUUAUAACUCUAAAUGGGGUACAAGAUUUCUAGUUUUGUUACGUGGUGUCCCAGGUAGCGGAAAAUCUACACUAGCAAGAUUUCUCGUUGAUAAACUUGAUCAGCGUAAUUUUCUAAUAGCUUCAAAUGAUGAUUAUUUUUAUGAUGAAGUUGAAAAGACUCAUAAAUAUAAUAAUACCGAAUUGAAUGAAGCAAUAGCUGCUUGUAAGCAAAAAGUUUGGUCAUCUAUGUAUAGUGGAGUGUUAGCGAUCAUCGUGGAUAACUACAAUCUUACACGACUAGAAAUGGAUCCGUUCAUUCGCGAAGGUGUGAAACGAAACUACUCUGUUCACCUUCUGGAACCUUGUACACCUUGGCGUUACAAUGCAAAGAAGUUAGUCAAACUAACGCAUCAUACCAAUAUCAGUUUGACAGAAAUCAAUGGGAUGUUGGCAAUGUUUGAACAGACAUCAAACAUAAAGACAGCUUUGUCACAAAUAUGUUCACCAUCGUCAUCGUUACCAUCGCUAUCAUCUAUGUUAUCAUCAAAUGUGAAUUCCUCCAAUCAUACUCCUACAUCAGAUAUUUCUUUUAAUACAAUCAGUGGAACUAAUGAUAUUUCUACCAGUGAUAAUAGUAAUGGCUUGAAUGAACAUGUUUAUCACUAUACUAGUAAUGAUAAUGAUAACAAUUUGGCACAGAGCAGUAACAGUAUCAAUUGUCAUAGUAACAAUAAUAUCGGUAACAGUAUAGCAAGAACUGCUAUUACUACUGUAAAUAUCAAUGAAUUGGAUCCUCAGGAUGAAGACUGGUCUACACCAACAGGAAGUAUGGAAGCAUUGAAUAUAGAUCGUGUGGUUUCAGGUGGAUCAAUGUCUCAGGAUAUUAGUAACAGUAGUGAAAUUACCAAUACAUCUCCACUGGGACAACAACCAUCUACAUCUCAAAGAAAACUUGAUGAAUUAGUGUCAAUAUUUCCUAAUUUAAAAGCAAACAUACUUGAGGAAUUUUUAUCACUUGCACAUGAUAACGUUUCAUGGGCAACUACAUUGAUUUUAGAUAAUCAUACUAGCGAAAGAAUAUGUCAAAAAAUUGAGCAGAAUUCUAAUCUAGUUGGAAAUAAUUUAUUGUUAUGUAAAUCUAAUGUUAGUCAAACUUCUGAACAUCCAUCGACAGAAGUAACAGAAGCGGCCUUAGAUCCUGCACCGCUAUCACCAACAACUUGUACGCCUAGUUUUUCCAAUAUCUUGGAAGACAAUACAAAUAAUGUUGGCCAAACUACUUUGUCAUCUGUAAAAGAAUCUCAAUGUGAAAAUGAAAUAGGCCGUACUUUUAAUCAUCAACAUGGUAUUAAGUUUUCAAGAAGUUUUCUACAAACAGCACAUGAAGAGUAUGCAUUUGGUCUUGGCUUAUCAGAUGUUGAUAUAUCUCCUGAUGCAAUUCCCGACUUUAUCAUCGAUGAAUGGACACCUGAACCUAAUUUGAUCAAAGAAAUUUAUGCCAGUUUUAUGCGACAUUUAGGUGUUCUCUCAAAUAGCACAACUAGUGUAUUAACACCGAAAUUUCCGCCAUCAAAUACACGAAAUUCAAAUCAAAAUACGAAGAAAACUACUGUAACACCAUCAAAAAAUAUAACAUCAAAGAGAUCAUUUUCAACAUUCUUACAAAUUAUGGAUGAUGAAGAAGGUCUACUGCGUUCUGUAGAAGAUUUUCGAACGUCCCUAAAUACUCCCGUCAUACGUUUGAUAUUAAACCGGUUGAUGUCUAAAUUUCCUGGGACACAAAAAAAUGUUGUUGAAGAAGCAUUUGUUCGAUGCGAAUUUGAUGAAGCUCGGACAGAAGUUUAUCUUUUAACUUAUUAUAAAUCAACUAUUGAAUCAGUGACAAAGUCUACGACAACAACAACGUCGACAACCACUAACAAUUCAUCGUCUAUUCAGUGCUGGAAUAACAUGUCGUCAACUGUGAAUCAACAGUCUAUCAAUUCAGCUUUUAUACCUAAUAAUAGUGAUAAUAAUGGCAAUAAUAUUAAUAAUAAUUUGGUUGGAUUAGAUUAUCAUCAGAUUACGGAAGAAAACUUAAGUUUACAAGAAAUUCAAGAUGAAGAGGAAGCGCUGAAUAGAUCUAUUGAAGAUCAGAGAGAUCGUCUUCUAACAUUGGCCAAUCAACUUUGUUUGAGUCGUUUAAAAGCACAGUUUCCUGGAAUAGAUAUAAAUUAUUUGGAAAAUCUUUUUAUUCGAUUUGAUUUAAACGAGCAAAAUCUUUCGGAUUAUCUCAUAAAACAAGGUUUUGUAACUCACUCGUUAAAUCCAUUUCUCGUGGAAACUGUAAAUAAAUACAUUGAAAAUGUCGACGAUAAUGAUAGUAGAGUUUCACCAGUUUCAUCUAGUCAAGGUUAUGUAACUGAUAUUAGCAAUAGCAGUAUUCAUAAUACUGAUUGGUUAAAUUUGGUUAACCAAAAGAUAUCUGGUAUUCGACAAAGGAUAGGUCGUAUGAAGAAUGAUCUUUCAUAUGCUAACGAUAAUCGAAUUAAACAAUUCCAAAUAACUGAGAUACGUUCAUUACAAAGUCAAUUGCAUUAUUUAGAAUUACAAAAAGCUGAAUAUCUUGUUGAUACAAGAUCAUCAUUAUAUGAAGAUGAAUUAUUGACCAAUGGAGGGAAACCAAUUCAUUCAGCUUGUUUAGCAUUUGCUUAUCUUGAUUUACAUGGAUUAAAUAAAUCAUGCGCAUUACAUGUAUUACAACAACGUUUAACUUAUUUAAAAGAUAAAUUAAAUCGAUUAAAAUCAUUGAAAUAUUUCACCGUGAUAACUGGUCGAGCAGCUGGCAGUGAAAGUGACUUAGUGUCAAUAGCCCCAGUGUUAAGACCAGCAGUUAUACAGUAUCUUUCAAGAAAUGGUUAUAAAUUUGAAGAGAAUUUUCGAGUCGGUUCUGGACAUUUUACAGUUAGUUUAAACAAUUCAAAAUUGAGAUAAUAAUAGAACUGACAGGGAAAAUUUGUUUCCAUUGAUUAAUAAACAAAUACUUGAUUACUGCAAUUUUCCUAUUCCAUUUAUAUAUUUUUUCUGUUUGAUUAUUUUUUCUAGUCUACAGCCCGCAUCGUUUUUUUGAACAAAAAACGAUCCGGUAAGAAGAUGAUUUUAUUUUAAUUGAGAUCAUGAACCAAUCAACGGUAGUCUAACAUUCAAUGAUUCAUGAUCUCAAUUAAAACUCAACAAUCUUCCCAACCCUAUACUGAUAAGAUGAUCUUGUUGUUGGUGUAUGUUUGAUUUUUUGAUGAUCACUGUUAUUUUUGUCACUUAGAGUUGUAUGUUCGUUUGUUUCUUAUUUUUUAAAAAUCUCUUUUUCGACGAAAAAGAAAACGGAAGAUUUAAAAAAAGAUAUUUACUCAGUGUUUUAAUGUCAAUUCACUGAAUUGGCACAACUUGGUUAAUUUAUAUCUUAUCAUGGUAUAGAUUGUCAUUGCUGAAUCAGCAGUAUAUUGUUAUUUUUUUUUAAAAAAAAGUCGUAAUUAAACUGUAAAUGUAUGAAAUUGGUUAGUUUUUGAUUAGCGAGUCUUACAUUCAAUUGAGUCUUACAUAUUACUCAUUGGAAUAGUUUUGUAGUAAGUCUUGUACUUUCAAUACUGGUGGAGAUUUGGGAAGAGAUGUGUUACUUGAACUGGCAUAUGAUAUAUUGAUACUUCAUUUUCGCUCAAUUGUUUUUUCUAGUUAAAAUCAUUUGAAUAUGCGAUAUUCUAAAGGGUCUUAAAAUAUUAUUAUGCAUCUUAUUUUUUCCAAAGUGAACACUACCAUUAAGUUCUUUUUACUGGUGUCAUCAAAAGUCAAUCUUAUUGAUCAAUAACACCUAUACUCAAUGAAAUAUAAAUUUAAUCUUUAGAAAAAAGCUUCAAGCAUCUGAAUUGAUUAGUCUCAACUGUUUUGUAGCGUUACAAGUUUGUUCUUAUCGAGUAGCAAUAAUUUUCUUUUUUUGACGAUUGUAUUCUAAAUAUUGUUGAUCAGAGUGCU